ACCACUGCGUACGUCAUCAGUCUGAGCCGAGGCCACGUUUGGCCCGCUGCGCUCAAGGGUGCGGUUCCCCUGUAGCAGCAAUGAGCUGCGCUGGGGCGGCGGCGGCGGCUUGCUCCCUGUGUCAGCUGCCUACGGGCACUUGUCGGCUUAUCUCAGCUUAUGGAAGAAGAAUCAGCAUCAGAUUUUGCAGUUCAGGAAUGACCUUAGAUAAUAUCAAUCGGGCAGCUGUGGAUCGAAUAAUCCGGGUGGAUCAUGCAGGUGAAUAUGGAGCAAACCGCAUCUAUGCAGGGCAGAUGGCUGUCCUCGGUCGGACAAGCAUCGGGCCUGUCAUUCAGAAAAUGUGGGACCAAGAAAAGGACCACUUGAAAAAGUUCAGUGAGUUGAUGGUUGCUCUCAGGGUGCGGCCGACGGUUCUGAUGCCCUUCUGGAACGUGGUGGGGUUUGCUCUGGGUGCAGGGACCGCCCUGCUUGGGAAGGAGGGAGCGAUGGCAUGCACUGUGGCUGUGGAAGAGUCCAUAGCACAUCACUAUAACAACCAGAUCAGGAAGCUGAUGGAGGAAGAUCCUGAAAAGUAUGAGGAGCUUCUCCAGGUGAUAAAGAAAUUUCGGGAUGAAGAGCUUGAGCAUCAUGACAUAGGCCUUGAGCACGACGCAGAGCUGGCUCCAGCAUAUGCUGUUCUGAAGAGCAUUAUCCAGGCCGGGUGCAGCGCAGCAAUAUAUUUGUCAGAAAGAUUUUAAAGUAUGUGCACUUUUCCCUGUCUGUAUAAGAUGAUAGUAAUUUAACAAGUGACAGGGGCAGAAAAGGAAAUGAAUGUGCAGUUACCUUGCUGUGAAUUUUGCUAAUAAACUGCAAGAGGUGUUUUUUUCAUUAA